AUGAAUUCUUCUAAGGGUAGUGUAGAUGGUGCGAUACACCUGUUUGAUACCAUAGCACUUGAAUAUAUAAUAAGUCCUGAAGGCAGUGACAUAGUAGUGGUGAGAGAUUAUUCUUCUAAUGCUUUGGUGUUGGUCCCUGGCAUGGAGAAGGUAGUGAUGGGUGAGGAAAAUUUUUAUAAUAAUUUCUUUCUCUGUUUUGUAAUAUGGGGGUGGUGUAGGGUCUACUUCAAUCAGACUGAGGCAGUGUUAGUCAAGUUGGCUUCUUUGAACUGGUGA